AUGUGGACAGAAGUCGGGAAGCUAAUGCUCUUACACGUGUUACUAUUGGAGCUCCACUCCACCCAAGGGAUUCAUACCGAUACGGAUUGUGAAACGGGUCAGUUUCAAUGCAAGAACGGAAGGUGUGUACCUACUCUCUGGAGAUGUGACGAUGACGACGACUGCUCUGAUAACAGCGAUGAAGAAAACUGUCCGAAGAAGACGUGUGCCACCACAGACUUUGCUUGUAAGAACGGCCAGUGUAUUCCCCAGCGGUGGCGUUGUGACGGCGAGCCGGAGUGUGCAGAUGCAUCAGACGAGGCCGAUGCUACAUGCAGUCGACAGACAUGCCCACCUGAGAAGUUUGACUGUGGGGGUUCAACCAGCAAGUGUGUCUCGUUGUCAUGGAGAUGUGACGGCGAAAGGGACUGCGAGAACGGAGCGGACGAGGACCAGUGUUCCGCAGAUGCCAAUGCCUGCCCCGCCAAGGAGUUCCAGUGCCAUAACAGGAAAUGUGUGGCUCCCAUCUUUGUGUGCGACGGCGACAACGACUGCGGGGAUAUGAGUGAUGAGGAGAAGUGUUCCAUUUCCAGCUGUAGCUCCCACGAGUUCCGCUGUAACGACUCGGAGUGCAUCCCGGCUCUGUGGAGCUGCGAUGGGGACCCUGACUGCGGGGAUAAGUCUGACGAGUCUAUGGAGCGCUGUAGUCGCCGGACAGAGCCCCAGAAGGCCCGGUGCUCGGCGGGGGAGUUCCAGUGUGGAAGUGGAGAGUGUGUCCACCUCAACUGGAAGUGUGACGGAGAAGCCGACUGCAAGGACAAAUCUGACGAGGCUGACUGCGCUCUGCUGACCUGCCGUCCAGAUGAGUUCCAGUGUGGUGAUGGGUCCUGUAUCCAUGGAACCAAGCAGUGCAACAGGGUGCACGACUGUCCUGACUUCAGUGAUGAGGCCGGCUGUAUCAACGUCACUAAGUGUGAUGGCCCCAGGAAGUUCAUGUGCAAGAAUGGACAGUGUAUCGACAGCAGCAAGGUGUGUGAUGCCGUCAAAGACUGCAAGGACUGGUCAGAUGAACCUAUGAAGGAGUGUGGUGUGAAUGAGUGUGCAGACAAAAAUGGAGGCUGCUCUCACAUCUGCAGAGACAGGAGGAUUGGCUAUGCGUGUGACUGUCCCUCUGGAUACCAACUAAUGGACAAGAAGACCUGUGAAGACAUAGAUGAGUGUCAACAGCCUGACUCCUGCAGCCAGAUCUGCAUCAACUACAAAGGAGACUACAAGUGUGAAUGUUAUCAGGGCUAUGAGAUGGACCCCAGCACCAAGACCUGCAAGGCCGUGGGGAAGAGCCCGUACCUGAUGUUCACUAACCGCCAUGAGAUCUGCCGUAUAGACCUGGUAAAGAGAGAAUACAGCCAGGUGGUUCACACUCUGAAGAAUGCUGUAGCCUUGGAUGUGGAUGUCACCACCAACAAGAUGUACUGGUGUGACCUCUACCAGCGCAAGAUCUACAGUGCGUACAUCAACAAGGCCAGUGAUUCGUCGGAGCAGGUGACUCUGAUUGAGACAGCGCUGUCCUCUCCAGAGGGGCUGGCUGUUGACUGGGUCCAUAACAACAUCUACUGGACCGACUCCGGAGAUAAGACCAUCUCCGUCGCCACGGGAGAUGGCAAGAAGAGGAAGGUCCUGAUCGACACUGAGCUGAGCGAACCACGGGCCAUCGCUGUGGACCCCCGACAAGGGUUUAUGUACUGGUCUGACUGGGGGACCCAGGCGAAGAUAGAGAAGGCUGGCAUGAACGGAGUGGACCGCCAAGUACUGGUGUCAGAGAGGAUCGAAUGGCCCAACGGCAUCACUCUGGACCUAUCCAACAGGCGUCUGUACUGGGUGGACUCUAAGCUGCACCUGCUCUCCAGCAUCGACCUGAACGGUGACAACCGCAAAGUGCUGCUCUUUUCCCAGGACCACCUGGGGCACCCCUUCGCUCUCACCGUCUUCGAGGACCGUGUGUACUGGACAGACCUGGAGGAUGAGGCUAUCUACAGCGCUAACAGGCUAACAGGACAUGAUGUGGCUACGCUAGCAGAACACCUCAAUAACCCUCUAGAUGUUGUGGUGUUCCACGAACUACGCCAACCCAAAGCUCCAGACAGCUGUAACAUGGGCAGUCUACCUAAUGGGGGCUGUGAGUACCUGUGUCUCAAAGCCCCCCAGAUCACUGACCACUCCCCCAAGUACACCUGUGCCUGCCCGGACGGCAUGGAGCUGGGACCAGGCAUGAGACGAUGUGCCAUAGGUAAACUGUUUAAAACUUGUCACACCCUUUCCCUUCCCCACUGUGCCGUCACACCCUUUCCCAUCCCCACUGUGCCUCAAACCCAAGACAACCACGUCAGCUCCUACCACAGCCACCACUACUACCACUGCAACUCCUACUACAGCCACCACCCCAGCAACCACAACUACCACUCCAACCACAGGACAACAGCUUCGUGGAGGACCCCUCCCUCCACCUCUGGCCCCCGCUCCACUUCCACACCCCCUCUACUGCCCAACAACAUCCACAGAGAGAACGCUAACCUCUCCCACCGCUCUGGGAAUGACCACUACCUCCUGGGUAACAACAUAACAGUGGCGGUCCUGGGUAUAGUGAUUCCUAUAUUUCCUAUCCUUGCCACAGUGGUCAUCGGCCUGCUCUGCACCGCCGGAUACCUGAUCUGGUGUAACUGGCGCCGGAAGAACACCAAGAGUAUGAACUUCGACAACCCCGUCUACCGUAAGACCACGGAGGACGACGAUGACGAGAUUCACAUCGGUCGUACUGGAGAGUCUAUCGGCCACGUCUACCCCGCUCGCGUGGCGCUCAGUCUGGAGGAUGACGGAUUCCCCUGA